CUUGUCCCCGUCUCAGCAUGGACACAACAUCUGCACCCCGUCAGAGACACCCUGUCCUGUCCCAUCAAUGCACUCACCCAUCGAGUCGCAGCUUUCAUGUGAGCUAGCCGCAUGUGCUGGCUCCACGCCCUGUUGACCACAGCACCGAAAUCCAGCUCAUCUAUGUCACGUCUCCGUUCCCUUAUGCCAUUGCUGGCAUUCAUGUGUAUCUGAUCACGUCCUCUUCAACUAUAAUAAUGGCCACUUCCAUGUCAUCAUGUUUCCCAUGACCUCUCGUUGUCAUCAUCAUACCUUCCAAUACCCUCUAUCUUUCAUCUCACUCUGCCUUCCCUUGUCACAUCACACCACCUCCAAAAAAACAAAACCAACAUGACGCUGAUCGAGAUUCCCUUUGCUAACCUCACCCUGUCGGACACCAGCAAACGCAUGUAUGACAAGAGGUUCCGGGAAUGGAAUGUGUUUAAAAAUGUCAACAGUGAUGAAAAGGAUAGGCAUGUACGUCCUGGCCGAUUCCAUGGAUCCACUUCGCCUCGGAGGCACGGCCAUGCCUCACCUGCGGCACAACAUAAUAUAAAUAACCGGGACGGCAUGGGGGAAACACCACCGUACACACAACCCUUGCUAUCACCACAUGAGAGACGGAGGCGUUCACAACGGUCGACGAGCCCCUGCACAUCCCUGUCCAUCACCAUAUCCAGUCCAAGUACCAAGUCCAUAGGGACGUCACCAGCACCAGUACAUCAGCGAGCCAUGAGCCCACCAAUUACCCGAUCGGCCUUGAGCAUAGCGGAUCUUAUCAUUGAAACAGCCCCCCAGCCGAAGCAGAGAUCCGAGUCUCCUGCCGAAACCAUCGAAACGUGCUCGUCACCGGCUUUCUCUUCCUCGACACCUGGCGGUCAAUCAUGCGCUACACCUGCAUCGAGCUGUGCUUGGUCUGAGGAUCAGAACCGAGAUAAGGACAAGCAAUUAGUCCACACCAGGUUGCCCAACCCACAAAAUCUUUCCAACUUCAAGGCACAAAUCCGCGCCCUUGCCGAGUCACCGCCGCCAUUCAUCGCCCCGGACUCCAGGACGCGGACACUGGACAUCAUCACUCUCAGCCUCCGUGACUACUAUGACUGGCAGAUACGCAACGUACCAGACGGCAUAUCACCCGAUGACUUCCUCGGACAAGGGACAACCGAUGCAUCACAGCAGUACUGGUCUUCUAUCAAGAACGCAAUCUACCUCAUCAAGCUCUCGGCCAGUUCAGCGCAGUCAGAUGCCACUCAACGACCUGAUCUCCGUGCAUGGCCGGCCCUGUCCGAAGCUGGUCGGGACGCCGCAGCCGCCAUGACCAGCCAACCUUUUGACUUCCUCCGCAACCUCUUCGCCACGCUCUCGCCAGCCAACGUCCGCGCCCGUCCUGAACUUCGGAUCAUCCUCCUGCAGUUCCUCAAGAGCGAAGCCAAUAACAACUUCUCACCCACACACCCCAUCGCCCGCAUCUGCACCGAGCUCAGCAACGACCAAGACUGCCAGGAAAUAUCGCGCCGCGCUCUGCAGUGUAUGGUGGACUUGUUCAGCCGCCUCGGCCAACGACGUUUUGUCUCCUUCAAACUCCUUGACUCCCUGGCCACUCUCCUCCGUCGCAACGGCGAGUUCGAUGCGGCAAUGGUCAUUGUCACGGAGCUCUUCAAAGCCUGCCGGCAAGAAUUCGGACCAUACGCGGAACAGACGCGUGCAGUUCAGAAUGAGUUGGCGCACUUCUACAUGGUUGUGGACGACGGUGAUCAAGCUUUGCAGCACUGUAUGGCUGUCAUUCGCCGCCCGCCACCCGAGGGGCUAGCCAAUGACCCGAAGAUUGCUUUUCACCAAGACGGCAUUGCAGCGCACACGAUGGAGGACGUCGCGGAGAUUCAUGAGAAACGGGGGGAUCUGGAUCAGGCGAUUGUUUGGCUGGAGAGGGCAGCGGAUGUCGCAUUGAGGGUUUGGGGGCCGCAGGCGGUAGCGACGGGGCAUAUCAUCGACAAGCUCACGACGCUUAAGAAGGAGUAUGCGAGUAAUAUGUUGAAAAGUGCGAGGGACUGGGAGGCUAUUAUCAAGCGAUAGUAUCUAGGUAGCUUUGGGGUUGAUUGAUUGAACAAUCGUUGUUAUUCAACUCUUUUCUGUAGAAUGAGCGAAUCCUGCAAUGCCUACGAGCUACUCUCAACUUUGUUGACGCAUUCAAGAAAGGAUAGAGGUAAGGUAUUAGUGGAAGAUCCAAGGCGUUAACAGGAUCCACAAAAGGAUUUAACGCAAC